GCCACUAGAAAGCGGAUUGAAAUGGACAAAGGUAGCCUGUUACCUGGCACCGGGUCGUGGAUGCUUGAACCACCUAAGGCAAAUGAAGAUGUCGAGAUAGAUUCAUAGGACCUUCAAACACCAUAUUCCACUUUUAACAAGUGGUGGACGGAUGAAACGAUGUUGGCGAUAUCGCUACUUGACGGACUCGAUCGGCGUCUCAAGAUUCUUAAGCAACAAACCUUCGAGAAGCAUGCAUUGGCCUACUUCUUUUGUGUGCACAAUGACGAGAAAAGAAGCCAUACGGCUGGUGUUGUCCGGCCAUUACUGAAAAAGGUGGCCAAAGUCAAUAUGCUCGAUGACUACUCUGGAGCGACGGCCUUGCACAUGGCAGUGCAUAACGGGCAUAAUGAUGCAGCUGUCUUGCUGCUCGAAAAUGGCGCAGAUCCGAACGUUCGAGAGACAAAACUUGACACGAGUCCCUUAUUUCUCGCGCCGACGAAACGAGAUAGUCAGGACCUAUUUAAAUUAUUGUUACAGAGACCUGCCGACCCUAACGUAAAAGACUUAAUUGGAAGAACAGCAUUGUUCUAGAAUGGAUAGCCAAAAUGAGGCUGACUUUUGGUUGGAUUAAAAAGAAGCGAGAGGAAUACAUGGGGAGGAUGCACCUUAGGUAAUCAUAUCUCGUGGUUAAAGCUUAUCAGUUUAUGUACAUACAAGGGCAGCGGGUAUGGUGGACCAUUAGUGCAACUGUGCCAAAAUCAAGAAAAUUGGUUGCAUUAUGUUUAAUAAAGUAAUAGUAACAUUAAAUAUAUAGUUAUUUUAGGUGACUUUAAACCAAAAUUAA